AUGCAACUUGUUGGUAUUUUUAUCUUACAGCGUACUUUUUUGUGGCAAGUUGAAGUUAUAUUUUUAAAAGCUUGGUUUUGCAGGUUUGUGUGUAAGUUAGCUCAGCGCUUUUGUUUUUAUUCUACCUCAUUUAUUUCACUGCACUCAUAUAUGUUGAUCAACAACCUUGACACCCAUUCAAUGGGUCUGGACGGCUUCUUUGUGACGGAGCAAAUAGCGAGUGGACUAUGCUCCCAUGUUCUGAGGGCUGUUCGAAAACGCGAUGGCUUAUCCGUGGUUCUCAAAUGCUAUGAUGCGGAAAAUGCAGUUCCUGGUAUGUUUGUGCAAACACAAUCGGGAGGUGAUGAACCUAUACUCAGAGAAGCCUACUUCCUACAAAAGGUACAGGGCGUAAACGGAUGUGUCAAAAUGGUCGACUACUUUUUCGAUGAGUCACGAAAUCAGUUUUAUAUUAAACUGAUGAAAAUGAAAUACGCUAUUUUGAAUCUUGAAUCUUUAAAUCUUAGUCAUCAUAACGGAGCUUAUUUCAGUUGUCAAAGCAUUUGA